CAUGUCAGAUUAUAGAUGGCUCAUAACAGAACUUGUUUGUGAACAACGAGUAUAAGAUCGUUGUCCAUUUUAGUUUUAUACUUUAUUAGUUACUCUAACUGUGAUAGCGUACCCGUGACAAUUGAAACUGAACAAAGUAUUUCACACACAUUUGUUGAGAUUCACGUUAAUUAUUAAAUUAAUGACUUAAAAAUAUGUCCAAAUGAUAUUUUUGCUGUACAACUGAGAUUAUAAUUUAAUUAUAACUGAAGUGUUUUAUUAUUAUAUUGAAAAUGUCUUAUAAAAUUAUUAUUAUUUUAUCGUUUCUGUGUGCUGUAUCGGUAGUGUACACCUGCAAUGAGGCUAUCUGUGCCAGUGUUGUGUCCAAGUGCAUGCUAACACAAUCUUGCAAAUGUGACCUAAAGGAUUGCUCAUGUUGCAAAGAUUGCUUUAACUGUCUCAGUUACUUGUACAGUGAGUGUUGCAGUUGUGUUGACAUGUGUCCUAAGCCCAAUGACACUCAAACUGAACUGUCCAAGUCAUCAUAUGUAGAGGAGUUACAAGAUAAUGUCCCUGGACUAUUUGCUGCUUUAACCAGUGACCCCGAUCCUCAGAAGAGGUGGUUGUCCAUCACUUACCCAGUAGACAUUGAUCUAUCCGCUUACCGAGCUACACCAGAAAGACAACCUGUAUAUCAUUUGCAGAGCGUUGAACAGGAGUCGGAGCCUAUAAGCCGUGAUGUCGUAACAUUUAACUGUACGGUGGCGUACAUGUCCCAAUGUAUGUCCUGCGAUAAAUGUCGCGCUUCAUGCAGGUCUAUGGGCUCUAACAGCUUUAGGUGGUUCCACGACGGUUGUUGUGAAUGCGUCGGCGAUAAGUGUCUGUACUACGGCAUCAACGAGAGCAGAUGUCUCGCGUGUCCCGGCGGCAAAGAAACGCCGGAUAUAACUAAGGACGACGAUCUUCUUUACGACGACUUAGAUUACGGCGAGGAGGUCGACGCGCAGUCUGUCUAAGCAUUGUUUACGUUUCCACUGUUGAUAAAGUCUGCUUUAUCAGAUACAUUGAAAUUAAAUUAACUCUCUAAGUAUAAUGUAUACGAAAUACAAUAACUGAAUUAUUAGCUCCGCACACAAAUGUGGCUGAGAAAAUUAUUGUAUUAUUAAAAAUAUUUCUUGCAUGUUUUAAAUCAUAGCACUUUAAACUUCUAUAUUGAUAAUAAUUUUAAAGUUCGAGGGACAAAUGUAUUUUAUGUCACAAAUAAUGAAAUUAAAUUAAACAGUGGGAGCUCAUAUCUUAUUUUAAGUCUUGAUAAGUAUAAUAUGUUAUCUUGUGCCUUUCGUGUAAUGAUGUUAUAAGACUGCCAGUUACAAAAACUUUUCGAGUUCAUAAUAUCAGUGUUGCCAUAAUUAUUAAACAAAAAUGUCAGAAAAUUCAAAAUACUUUUAAUUUUUAUUUUAUUAAACUUUUUGAAUCUCGAUUAACAUAUUACUAUUUUUGAUAUGUUAUGAAUAUUAUUGUAGCUAAGUUCAAUGUAUGUAGAUAAAUAAUACGCUUUAAAAUCUAUUUAUUAUUUAUCCGUCCUUGCAAUUAGAAAAAGAAGUCAGUUCAGAAAUUUGCAUUAGGUAAUUAUUUGAUGCCAUUUGAAAGUAUUUAAUUUAAAAAGUCUUUAAAUAGGAAAUUUUGAAGGAAAAUUUUUGUUAGUCCAUUAAUUAGAGUUAACAAAAGUACGUAUUAUCUGGUGUAAAAAUAAUAUUAAGUGUAAAAUAUUCUAUUUGCUUCAUUUACUGUUUUAAUGUAAGACAUAAUUUUUAAAUUUGAUUCUUGAAAUUAAAUAAUAUAAUUGUCCCAGUAAAUCGUUAUGUCUUCAUUAGAAUUAAUGAAAGUAAGCAAUAGAUCCGAAUCUCACGAGUGCCAAACUUUUGUUGCUUGUACAAAUCUAUGCCAUUUUGAUAUUAAGACGCCAUCUUGUUUAUUUUAGCGCCAUAUUCUUAUGUUUAAAUUUAAUUGACUUAGUGAAUAUAUAUUUUUUGUAACAUUUUAUAUUUUUAUGGAAACUUUUUUAUUAAAUGAUAAUGAAUAAACAGUGAACAUUUC